AUGCUCCGCACCCGCCUCAAGUCGACUUUGGCUGCUGUCGCCGCCGAGGCUGCCCCGCGCCUGCGUGACAUUCCCGUCGCGCCCGAGACAGGCUUUGGGCCAUUGCGCAGCAGCUACGCCUACUUUGCCGGGAACGACGGGUUCCGCCUGCUCUUUGAGCGCUUCCACAAGCUCCACGCGUCGCUCGGGCCGAUCUUCCGCCUCCGCUUUCUUCCGUUCCAAGCGUACACGGUGAGCAUCUCGGACCAAGACGCAGUCGCCGAGAUCUACCGACACGAAGGCGCCAUGCCGCAGCGUCAGACCUUUGGCUUUUGGAAGCUGUACCGGGACGAACGCAAGUUGCCAGUGGGCUUGGCCAACACCAACGAGUACGCCUCGUGGAAGAA